UUCCAGUUUUUAGAGCUAAUCUGCAUUAGAUGCAAACAAUUGCAUGGUUUUAAUUAUAAGACUUUAGUAAUGGUAUGACAUGCUUUCCUAGCAUGUUAAUAUAGUUAGGCCUCUAGGUAAGUUGGGCUUUUAUAUAUAAGAUUACAUCUCUGCCUAUUCCAAGCAAUGUACAUUUUUAGUAUCUGUGCAGAGUAUCCUCUGGAGAUGCAGGGUUUCAGCUAGAGAGGGAGCUGAAAAUAUAUUUUCACUAAGAUAUUUUAUUACCUUUCUUACAGGAUGUACAUUUUAAAGAUUCUGUGAUGAUGAAAAGGGAUAUCUUAUGGUUUUACGGAAUAUAAAGCAAUACUGUCUGACAUGACGGCAAAAAAUGUUGGUGUGACUUCCACAAAUGGAGACUUGAAAGGAUUUAUAGAUCAGAACCAGAGUCCAACAAAAGGUAACAUUUCAAUAAUCACAUUGCCAGUUUCCAGCACCAACUCCCCAACGAAGAUUUUGCCAAAAACCUUAGGACCAAUCAAUGUGAAUGUUGGACCCCAAAUGAUCAUAAGCACAUCACAAAGACUGACGAAUUCGGGGAGUGUUCUCAUUGGGAGUCCAUAUAACCCAGCUCCAGCAAUGGUCACACAGGCACACAUAACGGAAACUUCUGGCUGGGUCCCAGGGGACCGAAAGCGGACUCAAGAAUUUAUAGAGUCAGAUUUUUCAGAAAGUAAGAGGAGCAAAAAAGGAGAUAAAAAUGGGAAGGGUCUGAGGCAUUUUUCAAUGAAAGUAUGUGAAAAAGUUCAACGUAAAGGAACAACUUCAUACAAUGAAGUCGCUGAUGAGCUGGUACUGGAAUUCACAAACUCCAACAGCCACCUAGCUACGGACUCGGCUUAUGAUCAGAAAAAUAUCAGGCGGAGAGUUUAUGAUGCCCUCAAUGUCCUGAUGGCAAUGAACAUAAUUUCAAAAGAGAAGAAGGAAAUCAGAUGGAUCGGCCUUCCCACAAACUCAGCUCAGGAAUGUCAGAAUCUAGAGAUAGAAAAACAGAAGCGGAUCGAAAGGAUAAAACAGAAGCGAGCCCAACUACAAGAACUGCUGCUGCAGCAAAUAGCAUUCAAAAACUUGGUACAAAGAAAUCAGCAAAAUGAACAACGAAAUCAAGGCCCUCCAGCUUUGAACUCCACUAUACAGCUGCCUUUCUUAAUAGUCAACACUAGCAAAAGAACAGUUAUAGACUGCAGCAUAUCAAGUGAUAAAUUUGAAUACCUCUUUAAUUUCGAUAACACUUUUGAGAUUCAUGAUGACAGUGAGGUCCUGAAGAGAAUGGGAAUGUCCUUUGGGCUCGAGGCAGGCAAAUGCUCAGCUGAGGACCUAAGAACUGCAAAAUCACUGGUGCCCAAAGCUUUAGAAGGCUACAUCACAGAUAUGUCAUCAGGAUUUUCAUGGAUAAACCAAGGGUUACUUUCAAGUUCAGCACAAGCAGGUUCACAUUUAGAGGUAGCAGGAGGCACUUCUGAUGCUAAAUCAAGUGAGAAUCCAGGGUUGUGUUUGGAUGCUGAAGUGGCCUUAGCAACUGGGCAGUUUUUUGCCCCGACCAGUCAACAGUCCAGCAGUGCAACAUCACGCUACUCAGAAUCACGGGGAGAAACUCCAUGCUCAUUCAAUGAUGAGGAUGAAGAGGAUGAAGAUGAGGAUUCUUCCUCCCCAGAAUAAGGACAGUAGAAAAUGGAAUAUACAAAAUACUGCUGAAAUAUUCCUAAUGGGAGCUCCUGUUUGGAUUUCACUGAAGUUUCAUCCACAGCUGAAAUCGAAAACUUUUUGUACCCGAACACAGUGACAUGCAGACAAAGAGUGAUGUGGGGUUUAUCAACUAUAACCAAGGAAAAGAACAAAGUCUCCUGGAGAUUUGGCAAAGUAAACGGCAAAUUCACGUUUUCCAUUUUGGGACAUUCUCAAGUCUCUGUCUUCCUCUUAUCUUUACCAGAUGGAGAAGAAAACAGAGUCAGUCAACAAAUGCCAGUUCUCGCAUUGCCUCUUGGCUGUGCUGCCUUUAGGAAAAGGGGGAACGAGAGCACACAAGAAUGUGCUGAAAUAGUUAUUUAAAACUAUCUUAUAUGAAAACUGUUCUAGGGAAAGGGGGCUGUUAGAAUGUUUGCUUUUUUCUGUUCAACUUGCUGUAUAGAAGAUUCCUAAAGUAAUAUAAAUUGCGAUAAAAUGAAUCUUGAAAUAGUUUAAAUCCAUUUUAGAUACUCUAAAAGUAACAUUAGUAUGUCUCUUUUGAAAGGUUCAUAUGUUCAUUUAUACUGCAGACCUAAUUUAUUAUAAGUGAUUAUUCUUAGCCAUUAUUAAACAGUCAGGAUAAAAACAGCAGUAUUCUCUGCACCAGCUUUUUUCAAGGAAAAGAAGUUUAAGAAUUGUAUUUCUAGAUUAUAGUGUAUCCUGUAGAGCUUCUCCUUUACUGUUCUAACUUUAUAGUCCCUUUGAUUUUAUAGCACGUAUUUGUUUUUAUAAAGAGGAUCUCAGGCAGCAUGUUUUCAAGGCAGUGUUUUCAAAUUCAGGGUGGGCAUGUCACAUAGCUUUUAAAGUUGAAUGUUGAAGUUCUUAGGAAAAAAUUAAAUUUCAACAAUACAUCAUUUCUUGUUUUGCAUUCUAGUCAGCUUGGAUUAGGACAGACUGACUUUCUUACCAUUAACUUCUGUUGCACUCACCUUGAUGCGCCUUUGAAAAUAGUAGUAUCAAAAUAACACGUAGCUCAACUUACACAACAUGAAUCCCAUUUCAACUGUUUAAAUUAGAUUUGCAACAGGAGGCUUAGUGUUCUACAGUUAACAUCACAUCCAACCAUAAAGACCUUAUUUUAAAAAAAAGCUUCAGAAACAGAGCAAAAUACACUGUAGAUGUACUUCUCCCAUGGUGUUCUAACAAACAUCCAGUAUUUUAACUAGUCUUGAAGUUAACCAUUUUUAAUUAGGUUAAAAUAGUGUUACUUCUUUUUAGUUUUUAUACUGUAUGUAAAUAGCUGACCUGUUUCUAAGUACCAGUGUAUUAGCUGUCAGAGCUCAACAGGGUUGGCUCUGUUAUUUAGUUAUGAGAUUAGGCAGCUUGUCAUACUGUUACUUGCUUGAGCAAUGGCAGCAAACUGUUACCCCUGGACUGCUGUGAGCAGUACUCUUAGCACAACAUGGGGCAUGUCCAUGUGAUCUUCCACAGACAAACAUGCGCUGAAAUCAACCAGAUCCAAAAGCACCAAGCCUGAGCUAGUAAGGUAAAUGGAGGCUCCAGCUAAAAAGCUACCUGGCUGUCAGACAAGAGCUAGCACAGGCCUAGCUACAUCGAGGACAGGUAAAACUGCAAGGAGCAGACAAGCACACCUGCAUAAUAAGAAUUAAAAUAAGAAUUAAAGCAUCCGGAUAGAAACUUUUGUCAAACUCCUGCAUUUACGGUACAGUUUGGGUGGCACCAUUAAUUAGGUCUAGCUCUUGCCUGAGCAAGCAGAGCUAUCUGGCUUACACAAAUAAGUGGCAAAUGCACAAACUAAAAGAAUUCUUACAUGCCUACUGCGUUAUUCACUCUCUGGGCAAGACUGUUAAAGACUGUCCUGUGCUCAUGCUCACAGGCAACAGCAGAUUGAGGGAUUUACACCACCUCACUUCAACCAAAUCUGUAACACUACCUCUAUAUGAAGAAAAGCUUUACAAAUAAAAAAUAAUAUUCUUGCUGAGAGAGUCAGUGUACUUAACUGAAGUGGCUCACUUUUGAAAUAAGAGAAGGUAACAGAUACUCCACAUACAUUACUAUGGAAUUGUCAGCUCCGUGAAUGACAUUUCAUUUAAAUAGAUAAUUGUUUUUAUUCUUAAAAACCCAGUGGUUUGUCAAAACCUGCCCUUUCAGUCAGCUUUCAUUGAAGAGGGCAGACCAAAGAUACCUGAUACAGGAACUCUCAAAGAGGGGAACAUUUUCUAAAGUUAUCUCCCCUCCAGCAAUACAAUAGGGACACAUUUAACUUUACACUCUCUUCACAUUUCCCACUCAAGAUCUGUGUAAAAAGAAAAACCAGCAAACCACUAAGCAAUUGCUAAAGAGCAGCACUUUUUGAACUAUAAGAACCUGGCAAAAAAGGCUUCCUGCCCAGAAAUUGAAUGUGUUCUAUUAGCAGUCAGGGUGCUUUCUGCUUUAUAGGAGGAAGAUCUUCAGUGGUAUCUUCCUUCCAUUGAUGUCCAUGCCCUUCAAAGCAGCAGACUGAACAGCUACUUGCUUUCUGGCAGACUUCAAGCUAUCAACUUAAACAGGCAAUCUAAAGAAAUCUAGGAGCAUACAACAUUUAUUUAGACAGUUGAACCAAGACUUUAAAAGUUAUUUUUCCUGAACCAGUUGACUACAAAGGACAAAACAAGUUAGAACAUUUAGAAGAGACUUCAAAAGGAAAUUAUUUCCUUAGGACUCUUUGUGCCAAGUUCCAGUUGAGGAUGAAGUUCAACUAUAGCACUGCGGUCUUGUGGUUACACUGAAGUCUGGGAACUAGGAGAAUUUUGGGCCUUCUCCAGCCACAGUCACUUGUGUAUGAUCUCAGGCAAGCCAUUCAAUCAUUCCAGUUGAUCUUGGCUGACAAAAAAAAAAACCACCAAAACACCUAACCCACCCAGAACACCACAGGUAACUGCAGGACCUCACAAAAUGCAGGUGUUACAUCUGAAAUGAGCUCUGAGCAAUGAUGAGUAACAAGGGGAUUGAGAAUAUUAAGUAACCACACAGCUCCCACCAAUCUAUUGGCAGGAGUUGUGCUCAGUCGCUUCAACAUGCCAGCCAUCCCUUCUUUUGAAAGUCAGUAGUGGAUACUUUCCAGAGUAAAACGGUUAUUAGCAAGACUGGGUCUCCCAUUUUUCCAUUCAGUUGCUAUCAUCCUCUCUCAUCUCGUGCAAUACCCCUGACAUUGAUUGAUAGGAAACAAGGAGCAAAUGGUACUGGAUGGUAUCUCUUAUAGGACAAGGUUAAUGUUUAAAUUUUAAUACAAAUUCUGUUUAAGGUAAAGUUUAAGUGACAUGUUUCUGUAUCUUGGAACACUAUUUCUUGGUUAUACAUUCAGAAGGCACUUGGUUGCAAGCAAUAGAAUGCCGUGUGUAAAUGCUUUUUUAUGUAUUGCAUAAACAGCUUUAUUUCUGGGCUUACUUUAUGGUGCUUGAAAAAAAAAAAAAAAUCUAAAUUUGACUUAAAAUAACUUGUCAGCACCACAAACUACAUGAAAAUAAUCUGAGUGGGAUACAGCAUUUUUCUAUUAUGUGGAAAUCUGACAAUAUGUUUGUGGAUUCUGGUUUUUUAAAUUGUAUUAAAAUGUGCCAGUCUUCUCAUUUCAACACUGCAUUUGAGGGCAAUAAUCCACCUAACCUAAGAAGUAUGUAUAUUUAAGUAAAGACUAAAGCAAAUUAUACUAGUUUAACUGAAGGUAUGAUUUUAACUAACUUCAUUAAACCUAGUACCAGCCACACUGUAGAUAUUUCCAUCUUGGUUAAGGGUUUUGUUUCAUUCUUUAAACUAUAACUUGCAAAUACUCCUAAUCCUUUUGAGCAGCUGGAAAUUGCUGAGUAUACAGAAUACUCACAGAAGGGCAUGUGCUAAUCAACUAGGUCAGCCUGAAGUAACAUUAUGUAAAAAGGCCUAAUCAAAUUUUAAUAUCCCCCCCUUUUUUUUUCCCUUUUUUAAAAAUUUUUUAUUUUUUUAAGAAAAACAAAGCCCUCAAGCUCAUACAUAAAACAAUGCUGGAAUUUAGAAUUCCACACUAAAGGUUUUAAAUGUCAAGUGCUCGCUCUUCUGACCACAUCCACCAGUUUAAUUCAAGAGCAUGGUUGAAACUUAAUCACACUCAAACACUGGGCAAUGCUCAUUUUUAUAAUUAACUGGCUCUUUUCAGCUGAAAAUAUUCCAGGUAGUUUAUUGAAAAGACUUACUUUCCUUUUAGUGAGUUGAAAGAUGUUUGGGUUUUGGAUUCAUUUAAAAACAAAGCUAGUAACCACAGGGUAUACUGUAUAGUAAACAAACCAAGUUAUCUCUUGACUGACCCACCUAAUUUAUAUCUUUUCAUCACAAGAGUCUCUCAGGAACAAAUAAGAUACAAUGAAGCUGGGAAAAGACUACAGGAGCUUUUUAAACUUUCGAUUUUAAAAAUUGUAUUCUAAAUUCUAUUCUAAAAUUCUAUUCUAAAAAUUACAGUCAUACUUUGAGGUGACAUCCUUCUGCUUACUACAAGCUGGCUUAAUUUUAAAUUAAUAAAUGCUGCAGGGCAGUUAUUCCAAGGCCUGCCAUAUUUUAUAGCUGAAGGCAUCUCAACCUUCAGCACUGGGAAAUGGUUUCUCUUGCAGUGUUACUGAUGAGCAAAGAAGAGGCUGAGGACCCUUGUGCUCUUUACUGAGGUUUUGUUUUUUAAAAAAAUGCCACUUCUUGAAUUUUUGCGUAGGUCUAGAAGGCAGUAAGUAAUUUGUAACUUCAGAUUAUCACUCACCUGCCCUUGCAAACAUGUUAACAGCUCUAAAUACUUAGCUUUCUGCUGGCAGCUGUUCACAUAACCAUAUCCUGACACCGUGAAACUACCUGAAACUCUCCUUAGUUCCUUAGACUUAACGAAGUUCUGAGAUCAGAUUAUCUCUUUCCUAUUUAGCUGUUACACAGUUUAGCCCAGUGAGUGUUUUUAAGAGGCUGUGAGCAACUGCAUUCGCCUGGACCCAGGUAUAUUGCCAAAAAAAUCCCCACAACCAGCGUUACUCUGAGUUGUUCAUUCUCUCUGCUAAGUAUUAAGCAUUCUUUCAAGUCACUGUAGAGCUGCUCAUACAAGUACUUCCUACCUAGCUCAUCCAAUCUACUUACUUGAGUUGGCAUCCCUGGUACCUAAUCCAGCUGGUACUGACAGGUGAGGAAAUGCUCAUAAAAGCAGUCUGACAGUAACAACAACUGAAGAGGCUGUUUAUCGCAGCUGUUUAGAGAGUGCAUAUUCAUUCUACAUCUUGAAUACUCCUACCUUGUCUGGCCUAACACAAAGAUCAGCCAAAACCAAAAUGUUUUUUUCCCCAUUUACAUCUUUUGGACAAUACUUAAGAAGCUAACAUUUAGAAUAUCCACCUAAGCUGCAGGACACCAAAAAUCCUUGCUCAAAACUGGGCACAAGAAAUAUCUGAGAUCUAGCCAUCCAAAUGACAGGAGAAGGCUUCCCACUUAGGGAAUAUAUGGUGCAAAUUAAUAACUUAAUUUUUCCUUUCUUCAAAAAGAAAAGCAGGCUAACCUGGAUCAGUAUCUGUGGACGGCCAUGAUAAUUCCAAGCAGAUACAGGAUCUCCGCGGUAGCCCAGACUUGCCUCUCUUCUUAGUAUUCGGUAUGGGCUAGACUAAGUGGCAACCACUUAAAUCUUCUGACUUCUCUAAAUGCCAUUCUUAAAUACUUGAUGCCUUCCGGGCACAGGUGCUUUAGAUAUAUGAACACCGUGGGAUAGCAGGAUACAGCUAUGUAGAAUUUGAAUCCAGUUGUAGAUCUAAGUCAAACUCAUCUAUGCAGAAGCUUUUUCCAAAACAAAAUGAGUCUUUUAACAGUGGCGUGGUUUUAGCCUAUUUGCAUUAUCCAGGCUGAGGGAAACAGAAAUUAACCUCUAGCGCUAUCUGGUUCUGUGCCUUCCAUGAAGCGGCAAUGGCAUACCCGUAAGAUCAAGGCAGCCAAAGAGCCCUUCCCAUUGACACUUUUAGGUCACAUACAAUUAUUCUGAAUGGCCUCAAAAACACUGACCAAAAAAUGUUAAGUCCACAAAAUCAAUCUCCAUUUUUUUUGGUGGGUUUAUAAAAACUCAAAUGUAACUUUAACAAUUGGCAGAUUUGGUUCUGCUAAUGCGGACGUUAAGUGGAUCUAGAAUUUCCAUAGGAAAACACCAGCUGAAUCACAACCCAUCACACAUUCCCUUGUCUCUAAAGCCAGGCUGUAUAUAUGAAAAAUACUUCAGAGAAAUAUAUGCAGAUGUUAUGACACUCCAUCUCACAAGCACCAACUGGGAAAAAUUAAUCCUACUUUGAACAUACCUGUAAGAACUAGGGUAUGAGUUCAUUCACCCUCAUUCCUCAGGUCCUAACUGCAAAAAAUGCCCUGGGACCAAGGCACCAGCCUCUGUAUUUGCAUAUCCUACUCUGCAUCAGGAGUAACAAGCCAGCAAGUACAGACACAGUUUUAACAACAGUACAUGUCUGUUGGCACUUCUUACAUGAUCUGGCAACAGAUCAAUCCCUUGGCAGUGAGGUAACCCUGAUGUCAACCAAUGUUAUAGAGCCACUGCAACAUGCAGUAUGUGAUGAAAAGGGCAGGUCCAUCUGUCCCCAUUACAGUAGCACUUUUUAAUAUCUACUAUAUUCUGCAUUGAAGUAAGUUGUAGAGACGCUUCCUUUUUAUGUUUAAAAUGCAGGAACCACUUGAAAGUCCAUUAACUUUUAAAUAAAAUUAAAAAUUAAGACCAAGGCCUGUCAUGGACAAGGCUAUUUUAUGACCUCCUUUGUAAACAUAAUGGGUGGGAAGAAGAGAAGCACUGACUAAUCCAAUUCCUGAGGGUGAUAACUAUAGGGGAUUUGAAGUUUUAAUUGAUUUUUUUAAUCCACUCAUUUUUCUCUCCCCCUUCUCCAAAAUAUGCAUUAGCAUAAAGUGUCACACAAACGCUUUGGUAGGAAUUUUUCCCUCUUUUCUUGUGCUAAACUUCUCUGUCUUACAGAAAGUCCAAGUUGCCCAUUCAUCUUUUAAACAAUUUGCCUGGCAUUUUUGAACUCUCCAUAGAUUCCUGUCUUUACCUUUAAAUUAUAAGCUGAAGUUUUAUUUUUUGCAGAAAGACUGCUAUUAAGCUGUGCUGAUUUUUUUUUUUUGUCCUGAUCAAAUAGUGUUAAUUUCUACUACCACAUCGUACAUGGCUAGGAGUAGUAUAAAAAAAGAAUGUGGUAGUAUUGUAUUUGCUUUAAACACUGACAAAGCUAUAAAGAAAAAUGCAUAUGCAAAGUUUUACUUUCCUAAUAGGAACACUGGCAUUAGCAAAUAGUAUAUUUGAACCAAUAGGAAAUAUUACUUUGUAGUAGCAAAUACUUUGUAAAUAAAAACUUGUUAUUUUUUUAAUGGAAAUUUUAUAGAAGAAGCUAUUUCUGUAUACUCAAUUUAUCCCAUGUUUACUAAAAAUGCUGCAAGUGGGAAUUUUACAUUGCAAAAUGGGGGUGGGGAGCAGACAUGUCUGACUGAAGUGAAAACUAUGUAUGCUUUGGAGAAAAACAUCCAGUUGUCUGUGAACAGGAACAUAAAGCUUAACUGUAGAGGAACUGAAUAAAAGAAUUUCAAGGCAA